AUUCCAAUUCUAAUUUUUGAAAUUCUUGGAUUUGUAUGAACUAUGAACUAAAUUGAUUGAUGUAUGAGAUGGGAAGAAGAGAAUGCAAUGUGGAAUUGGAAAAAUGGAAGUCAGCUGUUACGGUUUGGUGGGGCUGUGGCUCAACCAAAAGUCUUCGCCGAUUGAAUCGGAGAAGGCGAGAGAAAGUGACGAUCUCUGACUCCUGAUCCUCCUCAGAUCAGAUAUUUCAUUUGUUCCCAAAUCCAAUUUCAAACAUUUUCAAAAGGAUCUGUGAUUUCUCUUUCAUUUUCGUUGUAAUUGGCUGCGUCUCUGUCAAUAAUAGAAACCCACCCCUCUCUCUUCUCUUCCCACAAAGUAGGGGGAAAAAUUAGCGACAAUGGCGGGAUAGGCAGCGAUGUGGCCGUGGGAGGAACGUGUGCGUUUUUCAACCUAUUUUUCUUAUCAUCAAUUAAUAACCAACGUAUUCAACUCUCCUCCACCGCCCCUCUUUCGUUUAUCGCACCAGGAAUAUCUUACAUAUUGACCCAAUAUUCUCUCUCAUUGUUUUCUUCUUCAUACGUUUCCCCAAGAAAAAUUUGCCCUCUUUUGUGCAAUUUAUUCAACCCCUUUGAGGAUUGCCCAACCAUUUUCCUACCCAUCUCUCAAAAAGAUACGAAUUGAAAGUGUUUCAAGAAAACAACAUACUGCGGGAAGAAGUUUAUUAUUGCGCUGUAAUUCCCAUGCCUGGUGAUGGGAAUUUGGCUGCCGUCGUGCCCUAACCGUAUUCAUGGAUCGGCUCGGGAGUAACGACAACAAACAAAGCGUUGAAAGGCAUUCCCAUGUCGAGAUGGGAUCAUUAGGCGAGAAAACCAUACUGGAAUUUGAGGAUGAGAGCCUCGUUAGUCCUGUAUCAUUAAAUAGAAAGAAUUUUGCUUUUGAGGCAUCUAUGCACGGUUCUCCAUCAUCUGGUGAUUCGCAGAAAUUUUGUUAUGGUAACAUGAAGAACAGAAUUAUUGACAGCAUUAAGAUUGUUGUCUUCUCUGCUAAAAUCAAUCUUCUCAUGCCUUUCGGCCCUUUAGCAAUAUUAGUCAGCAGUCUUUCUGGUCACCAUGGGUGGGUCUUCCUUUUAAGCUUACUGGGGAUCAUACCUCUUGCUGAGCGUCUGGGUUAUGCAACGGAACAACUGGCAUGCUAUACUGGAGCCACAGUUGGAGGUCUUCUGAAUGCUACUUUUGGAAAUGCCACAGAAUUGAUAAUAUCAAUAUAUGCAUUGCGAAGUGGAAUGAUACGUGUCGUUCAACAGUCAUUAUUAGGUUCAAUUUUGUCAAAUAUGUUAUUAGUACUUGGAUGUGCCUUCUUUGCUGGUGGAGUUGUGGUUUCUAAGAGGGAGCAGGUCUUCAGUAAGGGAUCUGCUACAGUGAAUUCUGGAUUGCUGUUGAUGGCAGUAAUGGGACUUCUAUUUCCUGCUGUCCUGCAUUCCACACAUACAGAGUUGCACUUUGGAAAGUCAGAGUUGGCUCUUUCAAGAUUUAGUAGCGGCAUUAUGUUGGUGGCAUAUGCUGCCUAUCUUGUUUUUCAGUUGAAAAGCGAAAAGAACUUAUAUCACCCGGUUGAUGUGGUCGAUGAGGUGGAGACUGAAGAGAAUUCUGAUGAUGAAGAAUCUCCUGAGAUAUCUAUGUGGGAAUCCAUUAUUUGGCUGUCUAUCUUGACCAUUUGGAUAUCCGUCCUUUCUGAAUAUUUAGUAAAUGCAAUAGAGGGGGCAUCGGUUGCCAUGGACAUACCAGUAGCAUUCAUUAGUGUAAUCCUACUACCAAUUGUUGGGAAUGCUGCAGAGCAUGCGGGUGCCAUCAUGUUUGCCAUGAAAGACAAGCUUGACAUUUCUUUGGGAGUCGCAAUAGGAUCAUCUACGCAGAUAUCUAUGUUCGGGAUUCCUUUUUGUGUGGUCAUUGGUUGGAUGAUGGGAGUCCCUAUGGACUUGAAUUUUCAACUCUUCGAGACCGCCACGCUUUUCAUCACUGUUAUAGUUGUCGCCUUCAUGUUGCAGGAUGGAACUUCUAAUUACCUCAAAGGACUGAUGCUUAUUCUCUGCUACCUGAUAGUAGCUGCAAGUUUCUUUGUACAUAUUGAUCCAGCUUCAGUUGAAGAUAAAAAAUCCGGUGCAUGAAAGGCAAGGGAUGACUCAAGUAGUGAAUCUGACUGCGAAGGCCGUCCUCUAAAAGACGGGAUUGACCGGAGCUUGAGAGGUUCACUCGAUUGCUGUAUAGUUCUGAACUCGGGCUACCAUGUUCAGAAAGCAUUUUUCCAUGUUUUGUGACAACCAAUGGCAAUAUAUGUUUACUUGGUUCUUAUAAUCGUUGGUGCUCAUCUUGUUUACUAUAAGCUGUGGCAUUCUAUUCAGAACUUAGCAAAUAGGAAUACUAGAAAUCAAAUGUAAGGAAAAAAAAAUCAUAUUGAUUUAUUUUUCUUAGGGCAAUGGAUUUUUUUCCUUGUAAUGGUUCAUUCGAAGUGGUGGAAGGCACAACAAAACAAGAGUUAAAAUGUGACCAAUAUUUUGAUCUCGAUAUAAAUGUUACUGUUGACUUUGAAUUCUUUGAUGGAGACAUGAAUACUCCAUUAUUUGUAUUAUAAUUGAUACUAAACAAUUUGAAGUUGGAAUUUCUUACUCUUUUA